UUUGCAGUUUGCUCAUUUGGAGGCAGUUGCCAACUUGGUUCAAACUCAUUCACGCGAUAUUGUAUAUUUAAAUACUCAUUUAGUAUAUUAUUAUCAGUAAAGUAGAUAAUACAUAUAUUUUUUUUACUCAGAUUUAUCAGUAUAAUUUAAUUUAAGUACAUACAAAAUUAGUGACUUGAUACAUUUAUAAAUCAGUGUUUCUUGAUUGUGUGCAACUUCGUAAUUAGGCGGCGGUGUUCGCAGUUCAUCGUUGAGUAAUCGAGGUAAUUAUAAAAUACCAAAAUGGGUAAAAAAGUGUUCGUAGUUGGUGUCGGAAUGACAAAGUUUGUAAAACCUAGUCCAGAUAAGGAUUAUCCAGAUUUUGGAAAGGAGGCCGUAAUUGACGCCUUGGCUGAUGCUCGUAUUAAAUACGAGGAUGUGCAGCAAGCAGUUUGCGGUUACGUUUUUGGGGAUUCUACAUCUGGCCAAAGAGUUCUGUAUCAAAUUGGCAUGACUGGUAUACCCAUUUACAAUGUGAAUAAUAACUGCUCCACUGGUUCUAAUGCACUAUUUCUAGCCAAGCAACUAAUCGAAGGCGGUAUUUCUGACAUUGUAUUGGCUGUAGGUUUUGAAAAAAUGACAGCUGGAGCCCUAAGCGGAGGUGUAUACACAGAUAGAACUAAUCCAAUAGACAGACAUACCCUUAAAAUGGCAGAAAUCACAGAUUUAACUGCAGCUCCAAUGACUGCUCAAUAUUUUGGAAAUGCUGGCUUAGAACACAUGAAGAAGUAUGGAAGUACAGAAUUACAUAUAGCAAAAAUUGCUGCAAAAAAUCACCGUCAUGGUGCGAAAAAUCCACGUGCUCAAGGAAACCGUGUCUACACUGUUGAAGAAGUGUUAAAUUCAAGAAAGAUAUAUGGACCACUUACAAAAUUAGCUUGUUGUCCAACCAGUGAUGGAGCUGCAGCUGCAGUACUUAUGUCAGAGGAUGCAGUGAUCCGGUAUGGGUUACAGAGCAAAGCUGUAGAAAUCAUUGGCAUGGAAAUGGCCACUGAUACUGAGGCUGUUUUUAAAGAAAACAGUUUAAUGAAGAUAGCAGGAUCUGAUAUGACUGCACUAGCUGCAAAGCGUUUGUAUUCUAAAACUGGAAUUUCUCCAAUGCAAGUAGAUGUAGUUGAAUUACAUGAUUGCUUUGCUACAAAUGAGUUGAUUACAUAUGAAGGGCUCCAGCUCUGUGGAGAAGGUGAGGCUGGCAAGUUUGUUGAUGCCGGAGAUAAUACUUAUGGUGGACGUGUAGUUGUGAAUCCAAGUGGAGGUUUGAUAGCAAAGGGGCAUCCUUUGGGUGCAACAGGACUUGCUCAAUGUUCAGAAUUAGUUUGGCAACUGCGUGGAGAGGCUGGUGACAGACAGGUGCCACGCGCCCGUAUCGCACUACAACACAAUUUAGGUAUUGGCGGAGCCGUUGUCCUCACGAUGUAUCGGAAGGGAUUCCAAAAUGCCACACCCAACCAGGUUGCAGCUAUCUGCGAUAACCCUGAGGAGUUCAAGGUAUUCAAAUACAUGAAGAUCCUCGAAGAUGCAAUGGCGAACGACGAGGACAAACUGAUCGAAAAAGUCAGAGGCAUCUAUGGAUUCAAGGUCAAGGGUCCAGGAGGAGCAGAGGGGUACUGGGUAAUCAACGCCAAGGAGGGCAAGGGCAAAGUGUCAUACAAUGGCAAGGAAAAAUGUGACGUCACAUUCACGAUCAACGACAACGACGUCGUCGACCUAAUCUCUGGAAAACUGAAUCCGCAGAAGGCAUUUUUCCAGGGCAAAAUCAAGAUCCAAGGCAACAUGGGCCUUGCGAUGAAAUUAACUGAUUUGCAACGCACUGCCGCGGGAAGGAUCGACGCAAUUCGCUCGAAACUGUAAAUUAUCUUGAACCGGUUUCUACCGGUAAUACCACAAAAUCUGGGUUAUGGUGCGGGCAAAGGGCAUUUAAUGUAAAUAAUUUUUCAUUAAAAUAGUGCAAUAGUUAAAUAAUCAAAUGUAUUGCAAUAAUCAUUCCAUUUUUUGUAUAAAAUGGAACUAUGAUACUAUCGUUGAGAUGUUUUUAUCGAUUAAAUUUUAUAUAUUGA